AUGGCACCCCUUCCAUCCACCACCAACCUCAAAUCCUACCUCACCACCCUCCUCAAACGCACACCCUCCCCAUCACCAACAUCUUCCUUUGGCACCGUCGUUGCCCGCACACAAGCCAUCCUCCCCCGCGACACAACCGUUGACCCUGCUUCUGGCGUAACCCCAUUCAAAAGCAUCCCCAAUAAAGCCAUCUUUGCGCUCUUCGGCCUCAUCGGCGUCGGCAUCGUUUGUACCGUAAUCUGGUUCUUCUUCUGGGCGAAAAAUGGUGGUUUCUACUUCCAUGAAAACGACUGGGACGAUUAUAAAUCCACAGUCUUGCGUCGCAAAGGCCCCAAUGGAACGACGCUGAGUGGUGCGACGGAGAGUACGGAUUUGGGGGGUGGCAGUGUUGUGCAUGGUGAGAAGACGAGGAGUAAGUGGGGACGCAAGAAGAAGGGUAUGAAGCGGUAUAAGGAUUUCGAUGAGGAGGGGAGUGAGAUGACUGGGAGUGCCGGGGGGAGUUCAUUGGGGAGCGAGAUGAGCGAAUUGAAGUGGAAAGUUAAACAGGAUCGGAAGAAGGCCAAGAAACAUGAAUCGAGACUCCGCGGUGGGGACCUUGGGGCUGAGGAGGCGAUGCUUGAUGAUAACGAGACAGUGGAGAAUGAGCUGCGUGCUUAUCGACAUGAGAAACCUGCGCGUGUGGGGGGAUUGAACAGGCAAGCUGAUGGCAGUGCUUGGGACGGAUCUACAAACGACAACUCGACAACGAAUGAUAAUUCGACCGUUGCUUCGGACUUACUGUCUCACCGCGAGCACACGCCUACGAACACGCCUACAAGAGUCAAGAAGGAACGCAAUGACAAUUAUACCGGUGGCAAGGGAGGCAUUCGCAAGGUUGUUAGCACGACUAGCGGCGGUGUUGGCUUCUGGAACCGCAACUCCAAGAAACCCAACCUAGAUGAAGACCACAUCAAGGCCGAAGCCGCCAAGCUACAAGAAAAGGGCCGCGCUGCUCAACGUCGAGACUUCAGUUUCAACAUCGGCGACGACAGUACCGUUGCUUCUGAACAAGAGGAACGUCAAGCUAGACGAGAGGCUAGGGAGGCGAGACGCGCUGCGAGGAAGGCGCAGGGCACUUUUAUCGAAGGCAGUGAAAUUAGCAGUAAUGUUAGUAGUGAUUUGGGGACUAAGGCGUAUCACCAUCCAAUUCCUGGACUGAGUAGUACGGCUGGGAGUGAGUAUACUGAGGAGAGGAGGAAGAAGAGGGCUGGUGGGGGUGGGUAUAGACGGGGAAGGAGGGAUAGUUUGAGUGAUGAUGGAAACUGA